AUGGCUCCUGUUACAAAGAUCGGCCGGAAGCGAAAAAGGGUAGAGCUUCUUGAUGAAGCAGAAGUCAUUAGUGUUCAAGGGGAUGAGGCGGCUGAUGUGCUUGAUGUAUCCAGUUCGGUAAAUGCAUCUGAGGUACACGAAGCUGGCACUUCUAAAAUAGAUCACCGCCUUCCAAACAGCAAUAAAACUGCUUAUCUUCCAUAUAAAGAGGGCGAAUGGUCACCACUGUUUUUAUAUCGUACCCCAUUUGACCUGACAUUGGCAGCAAUACGGCAGUCAGGUUCUGAAGGUAUUGGACGCUAUGAAAUUGGAAAAACUUACGGAAUGGAUACGACAACAAAAGCUGGAAAUCGUCGAGUUUCAGCAAAUAUUGUGAAUGGAAUCAAAUCCUAUCCCGAUCAUUUUGGGCAAUAUCAGAAGAUGGAAGGCAAAAUUAGAUGUAUAAAGUAUUACUGGAAAGUAGCUGCUCAUCCAGAGAGUUUCAUUUACCUUUUCAAAAAUUGGAAAGCUGUGGUUGGUGACGAAUGUCCAUUUAGGAUUGGUGAAGUUUUGAAGUUCCCGAACACUAAUUUGAGUACCCUGCGAAUGAGUGAUGUUUCAUUGCGACGAUUAAUCGAUAUAAUGAAAGUUCUAAAGGAACAUCGCGUUAUUGUAACAAUUCAUCAUUUUAUGAAAAUUAUCACGGAUAUGGAGGUUGAAUAUGGUAUUCGUUAUCAGAUUGAUAAAAAGUCUUUGUUGAAAUGCUUGAAAGCACUUGAAAAAAAGGGCUAUCUACAUAUGUUCCAAACGGUUGUUGUUGAGGAGUUCCGAUCGAAUAAGAUUUUAGUUAUUACCGAAAGUGAUAUAGCUGAAGCAUCACAUCCGGAAGUGGAAGCAGCUAUACGCGUAGCUAUCAGUGAAUAUAAUGAAAGGGGACGUGUAUUUCCACAUGGGCAAUUGAGACUCGGUCGUAAGAAAUCAGAGAAAAGUGAUGACAAAGCAUCUGAUUUCAGCCCGGAAGAUAUUGAAAUGCUUGAAAAUGACAGUUUGAAUGAAAUGACGGUUGAUAAGAGACUGGCAAUGUUUCGAUUGCAAAUGAUGCGACGCUUAUCCAUAAUUUUUCCUGAGAAACAAUCUUAUAAUGUUGUAGAAAGUCACUCCGGAUUUCAAGGUGAACCACCAGAUACCAAUGGAACAAAGAUCGUUCUUUCGCACACUGAGCAUAUAAGUGAAAAUGCAAUUUCAAUGGAUGAAAGUAGUUCAAAUUUGGUCUCACCUAGUGCUUCGGCAACUAACGAAAUAAAGCCAAUGAACACUCGGCUGCCUAAUGAUAUGUACGGUCAACAAAAUAAAAUGAUUCGAUGUUAUGUAAUACAUCAGUUAGUAUGGCACUCUUUGUACGGAUUGCCACGAGGAACAAAGCCGAAUGUAUGGGAAAGGUUUCCACCUUAUCAAGCGCCUGGACCAGGAAUGCCAGUAAAUCACUGCCCAGUAUACGUAGAUGAUGAAUCCCCAUAUCGUUUUGUUCCACCGAUUCCACCACACCAGGAUUUACCACAUGGAUGGUUCCUAUUACAAGAUUUGAUAAAUGUGUUGCCAUUAUCGAUAUACGUGUUAUUUGUGAACAUUAAGAACAAGGUGGAUGUAAUCGAAUCCUAUUUGAGGGACCCAGUUUUGCGUCACAUGUUGAUUAGUGACAUCCCAAUAAAUAUACGUGUAAAGUUGUUAGGCAAUAAAAAGGCUAUACUACAGCUGGAGCAUAUUUUGCUUACUUUGUGUGGUUUCGGAUUGGCAAGAGUGGGUCCGACUGUAUAUGCAAAAAAAGUAACAAGUGUGGAAUUGCAAUAUUUUUAUCUGUCUCGCAAUGGUUAUUUGCGCGAUACAAGUACUUCGCGGAAGGGAUACUGUCGUGUGUCAAUGCCUAUCGAUCAAUACACCAAAUAUGAAUAUGCAUUCGACAAAAUGGAUGAUAUAAUCUGUUAUUGGCAUCAUUUACGAGCAAUUGUGCAAAGCACACCGUUAUCGUUCAGAAUUGAAAUACCACAGGAAGAUGUACGGCUCUAUAAAAAAUAUACAAUUGGGAUGUUCGAUCGAUCUCAAAUUGUAAAACCUUUUGAAGACUUAUCAACUGCUUUUUCACCUAUUUUACCUCAUGAUGGUUGCGCAGGUUUUGACUCCUCAUUUUUCAUACAUUUAAGAAGACACUGGGACCUCAAUCCUCGACCAAUGGAAUUUGUCAAUUGGUUUUUGCAUGAAUGGCGUCGAGCAACUGAAAAAACGAAGUCCCUUGUUGAGUCACGAGUAAAAAAUUAUCAGAAUUCGUGGAAUUCUUAUUUCAGAGCUUUAGUACCACCAGAUAGUGGUAUCUUUCGAAGAACGUGCAAUGAGAGUCAUGCACUGGUGCGAGCAAAUCCUGGUUCUCUUGGUCGUAAAAGUAGCAGCUAUAGUUCGAAAUCAUUUAAAGGAAAGAAGAAGCGUCCAUAUGAUGAAGUUGAUAUUAUUUCAGAGCAACGGCGUGUGCAUUUGAGAAAUAGAUUUACUUUACUAGAACGCAAUAUGUUGAUCCUUAUUCGAGCGGUUGGCUUCUUUUUGAAUCCGAUGUACCGAUUCUGGUUGGAACCUGCUGUGCUUCGAGAUAUUAUGCAUGAAAAUGUUCAGGAAGCACGUUCGAAAACGGUGCAAAGUUUAAUGGCUGCUGGAGUUCGUGAAAUGAAGCGUGCUGAGCGUGUAACAUAUCUCCAGCGGAUCGUCAAGAAUUUGGCUUCGUUCAGGGAAAUGAGGGCCUUACGAAGCCAGCUUGCUUUUCAUCCAAUUUCAGAUCCAGUCUUGAAGAAGAAAUUUUUCAUUGAAGCUUUCAACAAGGCGAAACAACUACUAUUUAUGGAAUCAGAGAAAUUACCAAAAACCAGCGAAAGUGAUGAAUCAUUCGAGAAAUUUAUGAGCAUUGGUAAAAUAAACAUAUCCACAGAAGUGCAAAAAACUAUAGCAGUACCGAUGCGAUCGCAGAAACCGAAGGAUCCAAACCAGAUUCGUCAUUGCGUUGCUUUCAACGUUAUUGUGGGAGCCUUAAUAAGUGAGCAAGAUUUAACAAAUAAAAGUAUGGAGUGUAUUUUUGAGAAGUUGGGAGUUCCAGCUAUUACGAGGGUACUUGAACAGCUUCGGAUUGAUGGCCUUAUCACCAGACAACGAUUUCCGAUUGAAGAUUCAAAAUUUUCUUGGAAAAGCCAGGCAACAUUAUCAUUUAACUUCCGACACUUCUUCAAUCAUCGUUUCCAUCCAGACAUGCUAGAACAACUUAUUGAAUCUACCGAAGAAAUGAAACAUGGCACAGAUUUUGCUGCUGAUGAUGAUAAUGCUGGCACUGUUGCAGCUGUCACCAGAUGCUUCUACACAGGACCAUUACUGAAAAUAACAAUGGAUGAUAAUGUACUGGAAUGUUUCGAUGCGUCUUCUCAAGAACAAAUUGUGAACGCCACUAAACAGCUACGCUAUUUGGAAUCGGCGGAUUUGCAUUUGGAGCGAAUAACAGUGAAGCCCGAAGGAGACUGCACACCAUGUGAUGUACCUGAUUUGCAACGCGUUUUAAAUUCACUGAAGCAGACUUAUUCGUUAGAAGUAAUAAGGAAAACUAAUUUCGAUGAUUAUUUAAUGUUGCAAUCGAUUCCUUCGCGUUCACUUUUGCGUCGAAUUCAUACACUAAUCAAAGAAUCGAAAUUUGUUGGAAUGUCGAUUGAGGAAUUAACCAUAAUUUUAAAAAGCAGUGGUUCAGUAAUAAGUUUGGCUGUGCAGCAGAUGGAAACAGAUUCGCAAUUGGUAACCGUUGGUGUUGAUACGGUACGGUUUGUACUUCCAGCGUACAGUGACUGUUGGCUUGUUCCUUAUGGGAAACUUGUCUAUGUACCAGCCCCUUGGUUUACGCCAUCCGGUGAAAUUCAUGCACCUGCCGUAAGGUGGAUGGCAGAAGGUGUCCUGUUCUCGAUUAUUAGUCGUCCUGGAUGUCCUAUUGAUGAAUUAAAAAAACGCUUCGCGUAUGUUUUGCAACCACGAAUGUUGCUGGAAAUAGUUCGAAUGUUGGAAUUUUGCAGUUGCAUUCUUAUUCAAAAAUUAACUUCUCGGACACUCCGAAGAAAAUUUUUAUUUAAAAAUGACCAAAUGGAAACGGAUGUCUUCUAUGUAUAUGCGACCAAGAAUGCAAUGGAACAAUUUUCACGAAUAUUUGGUACAAUACCACUACCCUCAAUUCUUAAAUCGACUCGACCAGAGGACAUUUAA